AUGAGAUUGGUUCUUGGCAUGCCAUCUGCAGAGUUUUACGGCCUGGGAUUCCAGCAGCCUGGUGUGGAUGAUCUGCUUCAGCAGUGGCUUCCAGCCCAGUAUUCCAGCAAACCGCGACAUGAUGAAGAAGCUAUUGUGGAUUUGGGCAAAACAAGCACAAUUGUCAAUACAAACUUUGAGAAAGAAGAACUAGAGAGUCAUAGGGCGGUGUACAUAGGGGUUCAUGUUCCUCUUGGUAGACAAAGCCGAAGGCGACACAAGCAUCGUGGUCAUAAGCAUCAUCAUAGAAAAAAGGGAAAAGAGAAGGAAUCUGAUAAAGAUGAUGGAAGAGAGUCUCCCUUAUAUGAUACCCCAUCUCAACGUGUCCAGUUUAUCCUGGGGAUAGAGGAUGAUGAUGAGGAGCAUAUGCCACAUGAUCUCUUUACAGAACUAGAUGAGCUUUGCUUCCGUGAUGGAGAAGAUUGUGAGUGGAAAGAAACUGCCCGGUGGUUGAAAUUUGAGGAGGAUGUGGAAGAUGGUGGGGAACGAUGGAGUAAACCCUAUGUGGCUACCCUGUCUUUACACAGUCUGUUUGAGUUGAGAAGCUGUAUACUAAAUGGGACUGUCAUGUUGGAUAUGAGAGCUAGCACCACAGAGGAGAUAGCAGAUAUGGUACUGGACAACAUGAUAGCAUCUGAUCAGCUGGAUAAGAACAUGCGGGACAAAGUGAAGGAAGCUUUACUGAAAAAACAUCAUCACCAGAGCGAAAAGAAAUUGAGUAAUCGAAUCCCUAUCGUCCGCUCCUUUGCAGAUAUAGGCAAGAAACAUUCUGAUCCUCACUUGCUUGAGCGAAAUGGGGAAGGCCUUUCUGCCUCCCGCCUUUCACUCCGUGCUGGUCUCUCUGCUUCAAGCCUUUCGUUAAGAGGAAGUUCUCGUUUUUCUGUUCCAUUUGGCUCCUUUAUGCCUGGUUCCAAAGGUGGAUCAUUAGCAGGUUCAAGGUGUGCAAGUCCUGUUCCCACCCCUCAAAACACGCCACCCUCCACUCCAAAACUGGAGCAUCGCUAUCAGGGUCAAAGUCGCUUGCUGGUGUCUUGUGCCGGUGAGGAUAUUCCUGAUGUAAUAGUUCAUCCCCCUGAUGAAGAAUUUGAGGUGCAAGAAGGACAGGUGAAAGCACAUGAAGAAUAUGCUGAACAUAAAGCAGGCAAAUAUCACAUGGUUGUGAUACUUUUGUGCAUGUGGAGCACGAGUAGUGGAAUAUAGCUAUGCCACAUAGCAUGCAUUAGUAAUGGUCUGAAAGCAGUUUAUUGCAGUCAACUGAUUCCACAGUGAAAUAAAUUGAAAAUACUUUUGCACAUGGUUUCAUUAGUACUCAAGUGUCACUUCCCAUGCCUUUUGCAUGCAGCAAGUGCACCAUUUUACAAAUGGCAACUGAAUCCUGUAUAUGUAAUAUGCCAUUAAUUACUUGAAUUAAGAUUUACAAGUUUAAUCUAACAUUGGAAUAAAGUGUGUGCAUGCAGUGUUUUAUUAAGCUGAGAUAUGGGCAAUGUGCAAAUUUUAUUUU